UAUUUAAAUAAUGAUUCAAGACUUAUCGAAAGACACAAUUCAAUGUACUUACAAAAGAGAAGUAAAAGAAUAAGCACCAACACCACAUUCACACGUAGAGUUUGUUCCAUUCAAAAAAAUAUACGAUGACGCACUUGAUGCUGUAGGUCAUACACCUAUGAUUCGUUUAAAUAAAAUUCCCAAAGAAUUUGGUCUUAAAUGUGAAGUAUUGGUGAAAUGUGAAUUUUUGAAUGUUGGUGGAUCAUUAAAAGAUAGAAUAGGUGUAAGAAUGGUUUUAGAUGCUGAAAAAUAAGGACGCCUCGGACCAGGUAAAUCUCUUGUUGAAGCAACAUCUGGAAACACUGGAGUAGGAUUAGCAUUAGCAUGUGCAGUUAGAGGAUAUCCAUUGGUUAUAACAAUGCCAGAAAAGAUGUCUUAAGAAAAACAAGAUGUCCUGACAGGAUUAGGAGCUAAGGUUAUUAGAACACCUACAGAAGCAGCUUGGUAUGAACCUGAAUCAUUAAUACAAGUUGCUAAGAAAAUGGCAGCUGAUGAUCCUAAUGUUAUAUUAUUAGAUUAAUAUUCCAAUCCAUCUAAUCCUUUGGCUCAUUAUGAAGGUACAGCUGAAGAAAUAUUAUGGGCUUGUGAUGAUAAAUUAGAUGCUGUCAUUAUAUCUACAGGAACUGGUGGUACCAUUACUGGAGUGGGUAGAAAAAUACAUGAAAGAGUUCCUGCAUGUAAAGUGAUUGCUGUUGAUCCUUAUGGAUCAGAUCUAGCUAUGCCUUAAGAAAUCAAUCAAACUGAUAUUAAAACUUAUAAAGUUGAAGGAAUUGGAUAUGAUUUCAUUCCCAAAGUUUUAGAUAGAGUAAAUCAAUUUAUUAUUUUUAUAGACUGAAAUUGAUGGAUGGGUUAAAACUCUAGAUCUUGAUAGUCUUCUUAUGGCUAGGAAACUCUUAUCACAAGAAGGUUUAUUAUGUGGUGGUUCAUCUGGUGCUACUGUUUGGGGAGCUUUAUAAUGGGCUAAAUCAUAAAACUUCACAGAAAAUCAAAGAGUAAUAUAAUCUUCUAUUCUAUUUUAGAUUGUCAUCAUCUUACCUGAUAAUAUCAGAAAUUAUAUCACUAAACAUUUGAGUAAAACUUGGAUGAUUGAAAAUAAAUUCAUAUCUUAUGAUGAACUUAAAGAACCAGAACAUCCAUUAGCUGGAAAACCUAUUUCAGAUCUCAAUUUACAUGAAAUUUAACCUUUAGAUAUAGCUACAGCCACUGUUGGAUAAUGUUUAGAAUUCUUAAAAACACAUCCUGCUGUUCCUCUUUAUGAAAAUGGUAAAUUAUUAUCUGUUGUUUUCUAAAAAAAACUUUUAGCUGGAAUUGUUAACAAGAAAUUAAAUCAUGUAUCAUCUCUAUUUUAUAUAAUAGGCUGAUCUUGCUAAAAAAGUACAUUCUAAAGAAUUUGUUCUUGUUCCAAACACUCUUGAUUUAAAUUAAUUAGAGAGAAUAGUAGAAAGACAUGAAGUUGUAUUUGUUCAAGAUGAAGAUAAACUUAAAUAUAUCACACCAAGAGAUCUAUUGGGGCUCUUUGCAUGAUAUCUAUCAUAUAAAAUAACA